AUGUCGUUUUCUAAUAAAGAAGAUCCUAAGACUUUGGUACUAUUCGACGUUGAUGGUACUUUAACCCCAGCCAGAUUGACCGUCUCUGACGAAAUGAGACAAACCUUGAAAGAUUUGAGAAAGAAAGUCGUGAUUGGCUUCGUUGGUGGCUCUGACCUGUCAAAACAGGUUGAGCAACUUGGAGAUACAGUCCUUCAGGACUUCGACUACUGUUUCUCGGAAAACGGUUUGACUGCCUACAAGGAAGGUAAGAAGUUGGCUUCUCAGUCGUUUAUCAACUGGAUUGGUGAAGAAAAGUACAACCAAUUAGCCAAGUUCAUCUUGCGCUAUCUUUCUGAGUUGGAUCUCCCAAUCAGAAGAGGAACAUUCAUUGAGUUCAGAAACGGUAUGAUCAACGUUUCUCCUGUUGGAAGAAAUGCUUCGACUCAAGAGAGAAACGAUUACGAAAAGUUCGACAAGGAGCACAACAUCAGAACUGAUAUGGUAGCUGCUUUGAAGAAGGAAUUCUCUGACUUAGCUCUGACUUAUUCUAUCGGUGGACAGAUCUCCUUCGAUGUCUUUCCAACCGGUUGGGACAAAACUUACUGUCUACAACAUGUCCAGGAUGAAGGUUUUGAAACCAUUCACUUCUUUGGUGAUAAGGCCUAUAAAGGAGGAAACGACUGGGAGAUUUACUCUGAUGAGAGAACCAUUGGACACUCAGUUUCCUCCCCUGAAGAUACUAUCCGUAUCUUAAAGGAGCUCUUUUCCCUGUAA